AUGAAUGGACCAGGAUUCGAGGAUGUCGAAGACAAGGAUGGUGUCAGACUGUCAUGGAACGUCUGGCCAUCCAGUCGUAUCGAAGCUACACGUACUGUGGUUCCCAUCUCAGCUUUGUAUACCCCCUUGAAGGAAAGAGAAGAUCUACCUCCGGUGAUGUACGAGCCCGUCACUUGUAAAGGCUCUUGUAAGGCUAUCUUGAAUCCUUAUUGUCAAGUCGACGUCCGAGGUAAAAUGUGGAUCUGUCCCUUCUGUUUACAACGAAACCCUUUCCCUCAACAUUAUCACCAAGAUUUAUCGCCUAACAACUUACCUCCCGAACUCUUACCCAAAUUCACCACCAUUGAAUAUACCUUAUCACGACCAGCUCAGAUCCCACCCAUCUUCUUAUACGUGGUCGAUACGUGUGUGGACGAGGAUGAGUUGAAGGCUUUAAGGGAGACUCUCGUAGUCAGUUUGAGUCUGUUACCUCCCAAUGCCUUGGUGGGGUUGAUCACUUUCGGUACUAUGGCAAUGGUCCACGAGCUAGCCUAUGCGGAUUGUCCCAAAGCCUACGUCUUCAGAGGAUCAAAAGACUACCAACCGAAACAGAUUGCCGAUAUGUUAGGACUCAACCCGUCCAACAGACCUAUCCAAGCUAUGAGACCAGGUCAACCGGUUCCUGCUCCAGCUGCUUCCAAGUUCCUCCAAUCGGUCGAGAGCUGCGAAUUCCAAUUGACCAAUAUUUUGGAGAACCUUCAAAGAGAUCCUUGGCCUGUGGAUCAGGACAAGAGACCACUCAGAUGUACUGGUGUGGCUUUGGGUGUUGCGACUGCUUUACUCGAGUCCGCCUUCCCCAACACUGGCGCUCGAAUUAUGCUCUUCUCAGGUGGUCCACCUACCGAUGGUCCUGGUACCGUUGUCGGUCCCGAACUCAGAGAACCCAUCCGAUCACACCACGAUAUCGAUAGGGACAGUGUCAAGCACUUCAAGCGAGCUACCAAGUACUACGAAGGUCUUUCCAAACGUGCUUCUGCGAAUGGUCACGCCAUUGACAUCUACGCUGGAUGUCUUGAUCAAGUUGGUCUUCUUGAAAUGAAAUCCCUCACCAAUGCUACCAACGGUUUCAUGAUCAUCUCCGAUUCAUUCAUGACCGCCAUCUUCAAGCAGAGUUUCUUGCGAACUUUGGGUAAGGAUGAACAAGGUUACCUCAAGAUGGGUUUCAAUGGUACUUUCGAUGUUCUGACCACCAAAGAACUGAAGAUCUCCGGUGUCAUCGGGCACGUCAUCUCUGCCAACAAGAAAUCCCAGUGUGUUGGAGAAACCGAGAUUGGUAUCGGUCAAACGUCCGCUUGGAAAGUUUGCUCCCUUACCCCCAAGACAUCAUUAGCGGUAUACUUCGAAGUGGUCACUCCAGCAGGACAAGCACUAUCACCCAAUCAAUCAGGCCUGAUUCAGUUCGUUACUCAUUACCAACAUUCAUCUGGACAAUACAGAUUGAGAGUUACAACCAUCUCUCGAACUUUCCAAGAAGGCGGACAUCCCUCUAUUGCCGCUUCCUUCGAUCAAGAAGCAGCAGCGGUCCUGAUGGCCAGAAUAGCAGUGUUCAAAGCUGAGAUCGAUGACUCGCCAGAUGUACUUAGAUGGUUGGAUAGGAUGCUUAUUAGAUUAUGCCAGAAGUUCGCUGAUUAUAGGAAAGAAGAUCCGACGUCUUUCCAACUCAGUCCGAACUUCAGUAUCUAUCCUCAAUUCAUGUUCCAUCUUAGACGAAGUCAGUUCUUGCAGGUGUUCAAUAAUUCCCCCGAUGAAACUGCUUUCUAUAGACACGUGUUGAACGACGCCGACGUGAAUAACUCUUUGAUCAUGAUCCAACCUACCCUAAUGUCAUACGGCUUCGAUACCGAACCUCAUCCCGUAUUACUCGAUUCCGUCUCUAUCCGACCCGACGUGAUCCUGUUGCUCGAUACCUUCUUCCACAUAUUGAUAUUCCACGGAGAGACCGUUGCCCAAUGGCGUAAAGCGAAUUAUCAAGAACAAGAAGAUUAUGCAAACUUUAAAGAACUUCUCGAAGCUCCCGUUGCGGACGCACAGGAAUUGUUAGAAGAUCGAUUACCUAUUCCUCGAUACGUCGUAUGUGAUCAAGGUGGUUCACAGGCUAGGUUCUUGUUAUCGAAAUUAAACCCUUCGACAACUCACCAAUCGGGAAGUGGAUAUGGUUCAGGACCUGCAGGUGGUCAGGCGAUCUUCACGGAUGAUGUCAGUUUGCAAGUGUUCAUGGAGCACCUCAAGAGACUGGCCGUUGGCGCUUCUACAAGCUAG